CUGGAACCUGGAAAGACACAGAGUCAAAGAGGUCAUGGCUGUCCUGAGGCUGAGAACAGCAAGUAUCACCAGUAUCACCUUAUGAAAAGAAGGAAGACAGAGCGUUGUAGCGCCGCACACGUAGAAGCUUUCAUAGGGCCGCGUGCUGAUCUCUCUUGCUCAGCAAGUUGCUGGAGUCUGCCCGGAGAGGGCGCAGAAAACAUAGGAAGGCAGGUCAGGAGCUGACCCCGUUCUUUGUACCCAGUGUGGCAGGAGAAUUGGCCGCAGCCCUCAACCAUGGACGAGAGCUGGCACCGCCGCAGCAAUGACACCACCAGCUCCUAUGGGCAGACGUUCAAACGGUCCAAAAUGGUUUUAAAUACUGGUGAUGAUCUGGUCCAUUUCAACAGCAGCCCUCUUGAUGCAUCCACUGGUCCAAAAAGCUGCUUCGAGCCUGGCAAAAUUGGGGCAGCAUUGGAGACCCCGUUGCUUGAGCAGUACAGAAGUGCGCUCAGCGAUCUGAACGGAAGGGCCUUCCCAAAAGAGAAAGGAGUCUCCGGGGGCUUUGCAAGGAGAAAGGAAAACCAGGAGCCUCAUUUCCAACCCGUCAGCUCCUUCAGGGUACGCAGUCAGAAAUCCUUUCCUGCCGAGCCUUCCCGACAGCACUACAACCAUCUGGCUGGCAGUUGCGCUGAAGCAAGUAACUGUCAGGACGGUGAUCUCAAGCUGCUCUCGGCGCAUCCCCCAGUAUCUCCUGUCAGCUUAGACUGGCAGGAUUCCCAAGUCAAGCUCUCCCAGUCUGAGACCCGUUGCUUAGGUGAACCAAAUGCAGGACCUGCGUACAAGGGAGGGUGCACAAACUCUGAGACAUCAGACGAAGAAGAAGAUGAUGCCGACCUGUUCUACGACUGGAGAGCAGCCGCAGGUGCGGCCACACAAGAGGACAGUGCCUCCGAGAAAGCUCAUGCAGAGUCAGGAGCAGCUACUGACAGGCCUUCCAAGCAGGGUUUUGAAGCAACUCAAUGCAGCAGAAACGGAGCCAUUUGGGAAGUCGGCGUCACUGUCCAGAGCCUUGGAGGUCAGUGUUGGAGUCAGAACGAGUCUCUCCCGAGUUGCCAGGAUGCUAAACAAGACCCUGAGGAGCAGAAAGCGCAGGCAGAUAGUGACCUGGAGAAUGACAGUCAAGAGGGGGCCCUUUCUCAGCUGCUCGAGAUGGUGGACGAGGAUGUACUCAAGCCUGGCAGUGACAUAGAAGCAGACUGCGUUGGUCCCAAUACUGAACCAGAGUUUAUGAGAAUCAGUGACGUAAACUCUGCGCGGUGUGAACUGCCGUUGUUGAUGGAGAAUACGUCAACUUCCGGUCAGAAAGGGAGAGUUCUCAGCAGAGAGGAGCGGAGCCGGUUCAUUCUGGAGGCAUCUCAGGCGGUGCUGACAGACUCUGGGGAUCAGAGUGGGGGCGAAGAAUCAGAGGGGGAGGAUGACGAGGCGCUGGAGUGUCCAGUGUGUGGCGUCAGUCUGAAGCAGAUGGAAGCGGCCAGUCGGGAUGCGCACACAAACCGGUGCUUGGAUGGAGCGGAAGGAGAGGACGACCAUCACGCUGACUCAGCCAAGGCCGCCUCUCCCCCGGACCCCUCUGCCACAGACGUAAACCGUUGCGGCCUCGACAAUGCCCCGCUCGUUGCGUGGCUCGACAGACUGCAGCUGGGACGAUAUGCGGAAGCUUUUGUAAAAGAAGAGGUCGACUUCGACGCUCUUCACUGUCUAAAAGAGGAGGACCUGGAGUCGAUGGGAGUCGUUACAUUGGGGCCCAAACGGAAGCUGCUGGCUGCUAUCGAGACGCUCAGGAGGCGGUCGGAAGGGGAAAGCACACCAGCCGGAUCUGCUCAUCAGGACGCGGCAGCAGACGCACCGCCCGUGCACAAGCCUGCCGCCGCAGCCAACCGCCAAAUCACGGACUUCUUCCCGGCGCCUUCCGGAGGGGUUUCCGCCACCGCCGCCUCUUCCAAGGGCCUCAUCACCAACUUCUUCACCACGCCCGAUGGCAAACGUCUGCCGCCGCCCUCGCCAGCUGUCGCCCCAGCAGCAGGUAGGGGCCGGGGCGCCUUCGUUCCGAAGAAGGGCAAUCCCCCGGGCAAGCGCGGGGGUGCGUGGAAGCAGAUCUCCGGGGACCCACACGAGUGGCAUCUGGUGCCCGGAACAGACUUCCGGGUUGACGGCUUCCGCUUCCAGAGCCCGCACUGCCGCUACUGGUUCCUUUCUCACUUCCAUGCCGAUCACUACCAGGGCCUGACCCGCAACUUCCGGCACGGCGUCAUUUUCUGCACGCCCAUCACGGCGCGCCUGGUCCACAUGAAGCUGGGCGUCCCGCUGGAGAAGCUCCGCCCGCUGCCGCUCAACGAGCGCACGCGCGUCGACAACUGCCACGUCACCCUCCUGGAGGCCAACCACUGCCCGGGGGCGGCCAUGAUGCUCUUCGAGCCCGACGGCGCCAAGCCGACUCUUCACACCGGCGACUUCCGCUACUGUCCCGCCAUGGCGCGCUACCCCGCGCUCCGAGCAGUGGAAAUCGGCACCCUGAUUCUGGACACCACGUACUGCGACCCCCAGUACGACUUCCCGGAGCAGGAUGCCGUCAUCCAGUUCGUCAUCGAUGCGAUCCAAGCCGAGACGUUCAACCCCAAGACGCUCUUUCUGAUCGGGGCUUACACCAUCGGCAAGGAGCGCGUGUUUCUGGAGGUUGCUCGGGAGCUCAACACCAAGGUGUACGUCGGGGCUGCGCGGCGCAAGGUGCUCGCGUGCCUGGACCUGCCCGCCGAGGACAUGGCGCGACUCACCACUAACGAGAAUGAGAGCAACGUCCACGUGGUGCCCCUGUGGUCGCUGGCCAACUUCAAGCGGCUGACCACGAUUGCUAAGCACUACCAGGGGCGGUACAACACCUUCGUCAGCUUCUCGCCGACCGGCUGGAGUUUCGGACGCGGCAAGAAGCGGACGACGGGCACGCGCCGGCAGCAGGGCACCAUCGUCCGCUACGAGGUGCCGUACAGCGAGCACAGCAGCUUCAGCGAGCUGCGCGCUUUUGUGCGCGUGGUCAGGCCGGGCUACAUUUUACCGCAUGUGAAUAACGACGGGGGCCCAAAAGCCGAGGCGAUGCUUCGGGAGCUGCUGAAAGAACGCGAGCCAGAUGCCCAAUAAGCGGGCGGCAAGACGCCCAUUAAUUGCGUUCGAGGAGAGACAGUGGGUGUGUACUGAAGCGGGGAAUGGUUUCCAGCUUGCUUAAAGGUGCAGGAGGAGCAGGGCCCGAACUGAUUUGAAGACUGUGUACAGUACAACGAGCUCACGGCCGGUCAGCAGGAGAAAACGGUCACUGUGGAACGUACAUCGUUGUAUACCGUACAAUAACACGGACCUGUGUCAUGCAUCAUAUCGCGUCAGCAGCCGCCAUAUGGGACGUCCAUUCCGACAUCUGG